UUCUUGCUCUCUGUGUUUCCAAACUGAACUGGGUCGGGGCUGUGCUCCUGCUCUAUUAAUAGCCCCCUAGCCCAGCCUGCUAGCCCCAAACCCGGAUGCCAGGAGCGGUGAGUCAGCAGCUAAAAAUAACGAAGAGCAACUACAUCCGAACCCCAAUGAGCAGCUCCCCCGGGUCCUCCGCCCUUAAGUUUUUGUCAGUGUCAGAAUCCAGCCCAGGGCCUAUAGGUUAAGCCGCUAUAGCUGUCCAGUUCUCCUGGGAAGAGAGUGAGGAUUUCCCGUGGCAGGCUCAAGGUUGCGUACCCAAGGCUAGGGGCUAGGAGAAAGGGGUUAGAGGCUGGGGCUGGGUGCUGUCGUUCCGGUUGGGGGGCCAGACGCUGAGGUUAGAGGACCACAGCUGAGAGUGUGAGAGCUGAGAGGUUGGGGCUGCAGGGAUGGAGUUGCUGGAGGUCUUCAAGGUGAGGUUGGGAGGUGAGGGGAGGAAGAGACUGGGCGAUUGGGAAGGGACAUUAAAGUAGGGAUGGGGGAGGAGGUACGUGCCGAGAGGUGACAGCCGGGCAGUACCAGGCCGACUGGGGGCCCUAGAGCUAAGGCUGGUAGCCAGUCUGACAGAGGGGGUAUGGAUCGGGAACCGGGAAAAGUAAGGGAACGCUGCUCGAAAAGGCGGAGUGUGGGAGAGACCUGCCCGGUACACAGCGGCGUGGACCCCCAGGAAGACCAGGACCGGAGCACUGAUUGCGGCGUUCGUUCUCCGUGCGCCUCCAGCCUCCCCACGCGUCGCAUGCUGGCACCCCCGCCCACCGUGCCAGCUGCAGGCCAGGCCCUCCCUGCUUCUACUACACUCUUCAUCCUCGGUCAGCUCCGCACUGGCCACCUUAGCUGCGGAGCCCAGGGACUCCCGAGCCGCAAACGCAUUGGGGAACUUGCUCCUCGAAGGGAAGGCUGGGCCGGAAAUUGGACCCUGCUCGCAGCCCAGAGGAGCGAAAACUUGUGGAAAUCGGACCUUGCCCUCGGAGUCCUGAGUCAAGGACACGAGUCCCCAAGCGGCACGGAAAACAGGUGGCAUUCAGCAAAUACGUCACGGCGACAACGGAUGCGGCCCUCCUCUUGGGGCGGCCACAAGGUGGAGCUACAGCGCAACCCUGCACCGCGCGCCUGGCCUCCGGACGCCCCCGAGGUGGCUGCUCUCCCGCGGGCCUCCCGCGAGUCCUUCAUUGCCGCAGUAGUACAUGUAUUCCACAAAAGCAGGAACCUUGCCUGUCUGAUUCGUGUUGUGUCCCCAAAGCCUGCAGCGCUACCUGAUACAUGGAUUGAAGUUGACACUUCUGGGCCAGGCAUUCGGAGAUCUUCAAGGCCAAGCCUCUGCUCCCUACCACUCCCAUGAAUUGUCUCUCUCAGUUACAUUCAGCCACACUUUAUUCCUGGAAACACCCUUUUUCAGACUUCUGGGUUUUACAUGUCCUCUUCCCUCUGAUGGAGUUCCCGUUCCCUGCUUUGUGCAUCUUAGGAGAAGACUCUCAUCCUCUCCUGUAUGAAUCCACUCCUGAUUCUCUCCCAGGCAGGAAAAUGUUUUUCUUGCUCUGGGUUUCCUGAAUCGUCUGCUGCCUAGGCUCUCUACUAGGUGGAAGUGACUUGAGUGAGAGCACAGACUAUGUUCUUAUUGCCUAGCACAGGGCUGAGCAAAUGCUUAUCAACAGAAUGAACUCUGCCCUCUCUGAAUGUCCCUGUAGGUGGCUGCCUCUUUGCAGAGGCUGU